AGCCUUUUUUAUGCAAAGAAAUGUCUCCUUAAGAAAUGUUUUAAAUGAGUAUGCACAUCUGGAUAUUAACUGUUUAUAUACACAACCAGGGAAUGAAAUCAGCACCUGCCACCUGCCAAAUACAGGGUAAAUGUUUGCUGUGGCAGGUAAAAAUUUCAGGCCACCUGCCACGAUGGCAGAUUCAUUAUAUUAAAGGGACUAUUUAUAACUUUCAGAAAUGCUUGUUAAAUAUGAUCUCCCAAAAUGCAGUUACUCCUUGUGUAUCCUUGUGUGUGGUGGUAUAAGUUUGAUUCCUUUUGUGUGUGAGUAUUUUGACAGGCAGCAUGCAAAACACUACAAACAAAUACUGUUUAUAUGAAUCAUGCAAACUUUCUGGGCAGCUGAGCUCAACACUGUAGGAAACUAUUAAAAGAAUAGGCCUGCUAAUGUUACCACCUCUGCUUGCCUGUGCAGUAGUCUGAGGCAAACAGGUAUAGAGGAAAGUUAGAAAACACUUUUCAGUCAUGUUGUCACUACUUACUUAGAUGCACAUAAAAACAGCUGUAUAAAUAUAGCUCUCUCUGCAGGCUGGUCCAGACAUGUGUUAGCUGAUGCAUCCAGAGCAUGUAGGCCAGUCUGCCCUCAGCACUGACACAGUUUGUGACCCCUCGUGGGGGUAUGAGAGAGUCUUAGAUAGAAUUUCCCCUGUGCCUCCGGUGUUAUUAAUAAACACAAAGUGUGCCUAUGUUUUGCUAGAGACAGACACACCGCAGAGCUGUCCUUAAAGUUUAAAGAAAACUGUGUUCAUAGCUGUCUGGACGAUCAUCUCUAAACAAAGUAACUUGUCUCUCAGAAGGCCAUGGACAAUCAAACAUCAACACAGGAUGGGAAAAACAUGGCAUCUACUGAGGACUCACACAUGGGACGUGUUGAGGAUGUCACAGACAGCAGCCAUACUGACUCGGAGACAGAGACAAUCAUUCCCCUGGCAGAGUACCCACCACAUCCCACACUACAAACGGACCAGGAGGUCCUGGACCACUUGGGGCAGCUUUUUGACCACUGCACCCAGCAGGUGUCCCAUCUGGAGACGCAGAGGAACGAGCUGAUACAUGAGCUCCUCCGUCUGCAGGAACCCAUCCUGAGAGUCGUGGGACACCUGAGAGGGAGGCUGGGGGAGACAAAGAGGCUGCUCACGCUGGCUCAGCUGGAUUAUGUCGCUGUUUAUGAGGAGGUGAAGGAGGUGAAGAGGAAACUGUUUGCCACAGCCAGAGACUGCAUCCAGAGCCAGGUGACGCUGGCUGAGCAGGAGUACCAGGUGGCUCAGUCUGCUGUCACACAGGAGGAGCUCAAGGCCCACAUCCAAAAUCUGACCCAGGAGUUGUCCCAGCUCCAGGAGGCCCAACAGAACCAGCUGAACACCCUGAGGGAACAGGCCUCUAAACCCUGCAGGCCCAGGGCCAUGAGUGACGUCAGCCAGUGCCGGCAGGCAUCUGUCAGGCUGCAGCGGCGGCUCAGCGGCAGCGUGAGGGCUCUGGAGGGCUGGUACGAGCCUCGGCUCAUGGCCCUGCUGAGGAGACGGCAGGUUGGGGAGGACGCUUUGAGAAAGAGCAGGGAGCUGGCUGCGGACCUGUGGGCCCGCCUGGGGCCCCUGAGAGAGGACUUACAGAGACUGGAGGUGCAGAGAGCCUGUUUAGUGCAGAGGGUCACUCUGAUGGAGAGGGAGAGGGAGGAGAGCGCCACACAACACAAGGAGACGGUGGAGAAACUAACAGAGACUCUGAGAGAACUAGAAGUGGAGUUUGAGGUUGAAAGAAAUUCUAAGAAAGAUGUGGAGGAUUGUAAUGACAGCCUUUUAAAAGAGCUGACAUUGUUGAGAGGCUGCGAUGAACCCAGUGAAACCACUGCAGAAGAGGAUCCCUAAUUUUCUGUUUCCAGUUGAUAUUUUCAUGCUGAUAAUCUACACCAGACCAAACCACGGCACAGAAUUUACAUUUAACAUAGAAAAGAUAAAAGCUAAUAAUUCAAACUUGGUAUUUUUUUGCUUCUACAGAAUUUACUCUUUCCUCCAACUUAACAUCUGGCAUGCUGUGCCAAUAAACAAAGCAAACAGAUUUACUGUAAAUAUUUUAUUAUGAACAUACUUAAGUACACAAGAGAUCAGACGCAGCACAGAAAAACAAAUGCAGAGAAAAAAAAAACACACAUAAGUGACACAAUCUGAAAAAUUCAUAUGAAUAUCAAGCAAAUACAAGAAAAACCUACAAUAUGUACAAUUUUAAUAAAAGUGGAUCUGUAUAGAAUUUUUUUCAGCACAACUAAACAACUGAAUGAAAGAAAGAAAGAAAACCAUCGAAAGGCAAACCUGAAUGUCGGACACAUCUGUGAAGCCAGAGUUGAGCACUGGGAGUUUUGAAAAACUAAAAAAGAUCUAAAAAUCUGACCAGUACAGACUCACUUUAAAUACGUCACGACAUGAUGACAACGCAGCUUUAUAUUCCUUCAAUAUUCUACAAAAAACGCUGCUGCCCAGAAUGUUUGUGAGAAAGAGAUUACUGCUUAUGCGAACAGCACUUGAAAAUGGAUCCAUUUUUAAUGAGCAGGUCGAAUGAAGAGAUGUGGAGACUGGACUCAUGCUUGGACCUCUGAAUCUCCAGCACCUUCUGGGUCCUCGUCGUUGUAGAUAUUUUCAGCCUGUAGAAGAAACAAUUGAAAAGUAGAUUAAUAACUUGUAACUGGUGUUCAAUGUUAAUAAAUGCACUUCAAAUUUC